GCAUUUCGACCUUUCUGACAACUUCGAGUCCGCGAAAAAUCGCUUCUUCGAACGUUUGAUCGCUCUUGACAAUUUUACCAGUGAUUAUAAGCUUUUAGCCCGUCAAAAUGCUCCGAAAUCCCAUCGGAGGUGUUCUAUUUCUUCUUACACUUUAUUUUAGUUCGUUUUUUGGCUCUAUCUUUAUAAUGGGCCCGUCUUUACCACUUCUUCUAUGGCAUCCGAAGUGGUUCCGAUGGUACAACGACCUCGCCAUUGGCCUUUGGCUCAAACUUCCGCCGGCCAUAUUAGAAUUGGUUUUCAAUGUGAAAGUGUACAUAACUGGAGAAAGACCGCCUCGGAAUGACCGGGCCCUAAUUGUCAUGAACCACCGUUGCCGUCUUGACUGGAUGUUCUAUUGGUGUGUGCUACAUCGGUACGGUCAGCUCAGGCAUGAGAAGAUUAUACUGAAGGAUGACUUAAAGAAUGUGCCAGGGCCUGGAUGGGCGAUGCAGAACUCCAUGUACAUCUUCCUACGCAGACGAUGGGAACAUGACCAAGGAUAUCUGAGCAGUGUUCUUCAGUACUUCAAGGAAGCCUCAUAUCCUUUGCAGUUACUUAUAUUCCCUGAGGGGACUAAUCUAGAUAUAGCCAGUAAAGCUAAGAGCGAUAGCUUUGCUAAGAAAAAUAAUCGGCCUUCUUAUGAGUAUGUUCUGCACCCAAGAGUAAGGGGGUUUACUUUCUGCAUGGAGAAAUUAGGGAAAGAACUGCUACAUUCAAUACAUGACGUAACAAUCGGCUAUGAUGUAAACAAAAGCUUUAGUGAGCGGGACCUUCUUCUGGGUACAUUUCCUAAAGAGAUGCAUUUCCACAUCCAGCGCCAUCCAAUAGGCAAUGUAAAUCCUUCGAAUGCUGAAGAAAUGGAGAAAUGGUGCUGCGAAAGAUGGGAAGAAAAGGAAAACAGGCUGAAAGAGUUCUACACUCUUGGUCAAGGCUUUCGGCAUUUCAAUGAGAAGGUGACCGCCCAAGAUAGCCAAAGGGAGGGGGAGGCAAGAACAGAACUCUGGCAAGCUUUGGUGUUUUGGGUUGCCUUUAUUUUCUUGAGCUUUCUCAGUGUAUAUCACAUUCUUGCCAUUAGGUGGUAUUUCUAUGUGGUAUUUGUAUUUUAUAUUUUGCAGUCAGUCUUAGGAAUAGGAACAGAUAAGUUGCAGUUAUGGUCUCACGAUCGCCAGUACCCUAGACAUAAAUAAGAACUUGGGCCUGAUUGUUUAGACCACUGUAGCUAGGUACACUCUAAUAUAAUCUAAUUCUUAUCUUGACAUUUUAACACUAUCAGCAUUUUAUUGAAAUCUGUCUGUAAAACCACCCUGUUACUUAUGAUCAAUUCAAUUUUUUUUUAAACAUUUUCUCAAUGGAUGCAUUGUGGAGUAUUUGAAAGGAUUUUUGUCUUGAAAAAUCCUUCAUUCUUUAUUCUUGGAUAAAAUAUUUCUUCUUCUUCUUCUUCUUCUUCCUAGUAGAAAAUAGUGCAGUGGUAUAAAAAAAAAUGCAGUUUAACAAUCUAGACUGUACCCUACAUAAAUCUGACCUUUUUUUGUUCAUGAAAAAUAUAUUAGGAAGUCCUUACUAUAGCAGGUUGCAUGAAUACAAUACAAAAUAUCCAAAUAUACGAUAUAGGUGUAUCACCAGUUUUCUGCAACCUUUUCACUGAUAACAUGUUCAUAAUGUUAGCCCUGUUAAAAAAUAAAUAAUAUGUUGAUACCUCAUCAGCAAACUAACUCAUAAUGUGAAUGCUAUGUGCCCAACUUCAAAUAUUUGCCACCCCUACUGUACAACAGUAGAUAUUAGAUAAACUCCCCUUUCAAAUAGGUCUCUCUCCUGCCCCCCCCCCCCCCCCCAAAAAAAAAGGGAUGACCUCAUGCUGUCAACUUGUUAACAAUUUGAGGAAAUUCCAACUAAAAACUGUUGCUUACCAUUGGCAGUGUUUACUACAUAAGAAUAAAUCAUGCACUAAUAUAUUAAAAAAACAUUUCUAUUUGAAAUAAGUGUCCCCACUCCAAAACUCUUAAAAAAAUAUAUCCUUUUAUGCUAAUACGUGUAUUUCAGUACCCAGUUUAUGACAUGACUGUGUAACAUCCACCUAUGUACAGUAUGUACUAUGGAUCCUGUAACAGUACUUCAGUAGGUUUCUUGAGAGCCUCUAUGAUUAGAGCCUUGAUCUGAGAUGAGAGUUGAUGGAACUCUACUCUCAGCAAUUCUUGAUUGCAACUCGGUUUGAUUGAAAUAUAGGGACAGACCAUUAUAAAAAAAAAAUUGGGAGGUGGGGUGGGGAAAGACAAAGUAAAAAGUAAGCAACGAUUCAUCAAGAAAGACACGGAAGCAAAACAAAAUCUUUUUAAGAAUUCUUCUAGUACUAGAUUUUUUUUUGUUUUAAUCAAAUCACACUAGUAGGACAAUUUCAUAGUCUGGUCAUUUGUCAUUUGUUUUCUUUUAAGUGUCAGUUGGCUGUCAGUUGUUGCCACUGAUAGCAUAUAACAACAAACCAUAAUGCAUAAGUGAUGACAGUUAACUAAUGUAAUUUGACUAAUUCAUAUUAUGCUUUUUAUAGUUACCAGAGUUUUAAAACACCUGUAUUAUUUAACACAUUUUGUAAAAAAAAAUAUAUAUAAAUAAAUUUAUCUUCUACUAAAA